UUUUCAAAGUAAUUACUACAAUUAUUUUAAAAUUUUCUCUUUAUUCUCUCUUUCUUACCUACCAUAGCAGUCGCCAACCGGCCUCCAAUCAUCUAAACAACAUAUCUGCCGCAAUAUCUCCAGUAUUUGUAAGAGGUUUCUGGGUUUAGUCAAAGUUUUGUAUGGUAUUGUAUUGAUUUUAUUUUCUUAGAAUUAUUAGAUAUAUGUUUUUGAGAAGAGUAAGGAAUAGAGAGAAAACGUACGUUGUGGCUGUUAUUGCCUAAUGAAAAUAGUUAUUGUUGCUGUAUGCUGGCAUGCUGCUGCUGGCGGCUCACAUAACAAGUUCUUCGCCGGAAUACGAAACCAUAACUGUAGUCAGACGGCUUAGCCGUUAAAGAAGACGAUUAAGAAAAAAGAAAAGUUCCGUCGACAUUUGAACGAGAAACUUUCAGAAGACUUUUCGGUCGAGCCGCACUUGUGAUAAGUUUACAGGACGAUCUGUGACUUUGGUGAAGGGUCAUGGAGCAUGGGACUGAUGUUGCUGAAUUUAGGCGAAGUGGAUCAUUUGGUCAAGCAAGCAGUGCAAGUUCUUCAUUGAGAAGGCGUUCCUUAAGUUUGUCUGGUACUGUGCACUCUCAACUAGAUAAUGACAUUGAAAGUGAGAUUGUUUCAGAGGCAGGUGAUAUUGGGGAUCGAGCGCUUCACAGCAACAGGAUUAGUGACAGUGGUAGCCUGCGGUUCUCAAUUGAUUAUGCAUUAGAGAAUGGAGAGACUAUUUCCAUUCCAGAGAACAAUCUAUUGCAAUCUUCGGGGUUUUGGUCUCGUGAUCCCACUGCCCUGAAUACAGUCUCUACGGUGACACCUUUACCUGAGCAAAUCGUAACUCCUCCUCCCACCAAGCCAUUAGUUUGCUCUGAGAAUCAAAAACAGGAGAAGGAGAAAAUAUUACCAUUGUCAUUGGAGUAUAUAUCAUGUCUUAUCCAUUUAGCUGUUUUUGGGAUUCUUGGGGUAUUAACAAGGUAUUUGCUGGAAAAACUUUUUGGCCCCAGUAUUGCUCACGUGACUAGUGAAGGGAGCAUUCUAUACCUUGACCUUCCUUCUAAUAUGGUUGGUUCUUUCUUGAUGGGUUGGUGGGGUGUUGUUUUCAAAGGAGACAUAUCCAGAGUGUCUGAAUAUUUAGCCAUCGGUUUGACAACUGGCUACUUGGGAAGCCUUACAACUUUCAGUGGUUGGAAUCAGAAAAUGCUUGAUCUCAGCGUCAAUGGCCAGUGGGUGCCUGCUUUCCUCGGCUUUUUCCUAGGACUGUUUCUUGCAGCCUACUCCAUAAUUUUCGGGAUUGAGACAGCCAAAGGUUUCAGGUGGCUUCUUAAAAGACUUUGCACAAGUUCAAACAAGGAAAUUUCUGACUUGAGCAGCAACUGGAGGGUGGACAGCUUAAAGCGUCAUUUGGUAGCAAUGGUAAUAUUGAUACUGUUGCUAGGAGUUUUAUGGAGUGCGAGUGGAGUGCUAACAAAGAAGAAAUUUCAUAGUGAUAGCAGUGAGGCUCAGUUAUGGUUGGGUUGCAUUGUUGGACCUCUAGGUGUCUGGAUUAGGUGGUUCUUAGCCCGACUGAAUGGACGUGGGCUAGGGAGGACUGGUUAUCUGAAAUGGGUUCCAUUUGGUACUCUGAUUGCCAAUGUUUCCGCGGCUUGUAUCAUGGCAGCACUUGCUACUGUGAAGAAAGCGGUGAAUAAUAAUACCAGCAAUACGGUCGCAAAUGGCAUACAGUUUGGAUUUUUGGGUUGUUUGAGUACAGUUUCUACUUUUAUUGCUGAAUUCAAUGCAAUGAGGGAGAGCAAGCAACCUUGGAGAGCAUAUGCAUAUGCCCUUGCCACAGUACUAAUCUCAUUUGCGUUAGGGAUUCUGAUAUACUCUGUACCUGUGUGGGCAAGGAAUUACAAAUGACAUCUUAUUUCCUAGUUCUCAAUGGAUUGCAAUUUACACACUUCUUCUCCGAUGUUAAAACAACUUAUUUGCAGUUCUGUAAACAACAGAAAUGUAAAUAGCUACAAGAUUUUGUUCCAUAACACAACUCAUAUUUCAUCUACUCAUAUUGUAUGAAAUAUUCUGUAUGAGUAUAGUAGGCUCUUUCUAGAUAGUUUACAGAAAUUUCCCCUUUUUCUAUUUGUAAAUUGUAAGUUGAACAUAACCAGCUUGAUCUCCAAUUCAAAAGAGCCCAUAUAUAAAGCACAGUUGGAUUUAGAUGUA